GUAACUUAACUCUUUGACAAAGCCCUAGUUUCUCAGUCUCACUUUCAAACGCUCACAAUCUCCCCACCAGCCAUGGCGUCAGCUACUCAGCUCCUCUCCCAACCUCCAUCCCUCCGCAUAAGCCUAAACCGAUACCAAUCGAAUCAAUCAAUAAUCCCGGUUCUAUCUCUCAAGUCCACCUCGAAACCGCUCAAACGCCUCUCCGUCCAAUCCGCCGCCGCCGCAUCCCAAAACUCGGUGAAAACACCGACGAAGGAUGCGUUCGAGCACUGUUUCAAGAAGUCCUCAGACGGGUUCCUAUACUGCGAGGGAACCAAGGUCGAAGAUAUCAUGGAGAGCGUCGAGAGAAGACCUUUCUACUUGUACAGCAAGCCUCAGAUCACGAGGAACGUCGAGGCGUACAAAGAGGCCUUGGAAGGUGUGAGUUCCGUCAUUGGCUACGCCAUCAAAGCCAAUAACAACCUCAAGAUCUUGGAGCAUCUGAGGAGUAAAGGCUGUGGUGCUGUUCUCGUCAGUGGGAACGAGCUCAGACUCGCUCUUCUUGCUGGUUUCGAUCCCACAAAGUGUAUCUUUAAUGGGAACGGGAAGCUGUUGGAGGAUUUAGUUUUAGCUGCUCAAGAAGGAGUAUUCGUAAAUGUUGAUAGUGAGUUUGACUUGGAGAAUAUCGUGGAAGCUUCGAGAAUCUCUGGUAAACAGGUCAAUGUUCUGCUGCGUAUCAAUCCUGAUGUGGAUCCUCAGGUGCAUCCAUAUGUAGCCACCGGGAACAAGAACUCAAAGUUUGGUAUCAGGAACGAGAAGCUUCAGUGGUUUCUCGACGAGGUGAAGGCGCAUCCUAAUGAGCUCAAGCUUGUUGGAGCGCAUUGUCAUCUAGGCUCUACCAUUACAAAGGUGGAUAUAUUCAGAGAUGCUGCGGUACUCAUGGUGGAAUACAUUGAUGAGAUCAGGCGUCAAGGAUUUGAAGUUAGUUACUUGAACAUUGGUGGUGGUUUAGGGAUUGAUUAUUACCAUGCCGGCGCUGUCCUUCCUACACCUAUGGAUCUCAUCAACACCGUAAGAGAGCUGGUUUUGUCACGAGACUUGAAUCUAAUAAUAGAGCCAGGGAGGUCGUUGAUAGCAAACACGUGCUGUUUCGUCAACCAUGUGACGGGUGUGAAGACGAAUGGAACUAAAAACUUUAUUGUGAUCGAUGGAAGUAUGGCUGAGCUGAUCCGUCCCAGUCUUUAUGAUGCCUAUCAGCACAUUGAGUUGGUCUCUCCUCCAGCACCUGAAGCAGAGGUUUCCAAAUUCGACGUAGUUGGUCCUGUUUGUGAAUCUGCUGAUUUCUUGGGCAAAGAUAGAGAUCUUCCCACUCCUCCAAAGGGAGCUGGUCUGGUGGUUCAUGAUGCUGGUGCAUACUGUAUGAGCAUGGCUUCCACUUACAAUCUCAAGAUGCGUCCUCCGGAGUACUGGGUUGAAGAUGAUGGGUCGAUCACUAAGAUCAGGCAUGCUGAGACAUUCGAUGACCAUUUACGUUUCUUCCAAGGUCUAUAGAUUUUCCCAUUCAUCAUUGUUUGUUGCUGUUUUAGUAGAACUAUUUUGGUUUAAUUCAAAAUCACUACUGUAGUGCUGUUGCUAUGUUAAGACUUUCAUAUUUGCAUGUUUUUACUCCAAAGUCUUGAAAUAAGGUGAUGAAUAAGAAAAAGGACACAGAACUGUGUUUUUGUUU